GUAAAUUUGAUCUAAGGAUCCUAAUAGUAAACACAAUUGUAAUUACAAUUACUAAAUUCUGUUAGUGCAAUAAUUUUUAAAUAGAGUUGUGUCCUCCUGGUAACUAUUCUUUGACUGGACUUGUUCCCUGCUUGCCUUGUCCUCCUUUCACUUACACACUAAGCAAAGGCUCAGUGUUUUGUACUAUGUGUGAUGAGAAUGAUGCUGCCAACAUUACAAAUUGCAUUUCAGAAAUAAGCUCAAUGCCUUCAUCACCAACGAUGUCUUCCUUUUUAUUGGUGCCUUCAAAAAGCUACCUUCCUGAAGAGCCAGAAAUAGAUGAUUCAGAUAAUGAUGUUGCUGUAAUAAUAUUUAUAGUUAGUUUUGUAGCAGUUGGACUAUCUAUAAUUCUGUUUAUUGGAAUUGUUUCAACUAUCAUAAUUUAUCGAAAAAAGAAGAAACCUUCAAAACAUACAGUGACAAACACAACACCUUUGGGCAUUAACCCAUCAGCUAUAGUGAUUAGUAACCCACUGUUUGUUCCUAAGUCUCGUAGGGAAAAUGAAAGGCUUCCUAAUCGUAAUGUUGUUAUGAAUCCAAUAUUUGAAGAGCAAGACUCUGAGAGUGUCAGUGAAGUUGAGGCCGAGAGUGAUAGUAUCAGUUAUGCAGAUGUGAUAGAUCAGAACUUUAUCAGCAAAUCAGAAGAUUUUGAGCCUUUGUAUGACAGGGCUAAAUCAGAACAGAAUUUCCAGCCACAUGAUCAUCACACUGCAUCAGACAAUGACAGCUUUCAUUUGGAUGACUUCACUCUUUACUGAACUGCUAAAUUAGCUACAAGAUCACUUAUUUUAUAAUUUUACUGAAAUUAAGUUUGCUCAACUUGCUGAGUCUGUGAAGUAUUUUAUGAUUGUUCAUUGUUUGUACAUUUUUGCGUAAGAAAUAUUUUGUAAAAUAAA